AUUAAAAAUAGAUUUUAAUGAGUUUCUAUUUUUAAACACUUGCAUUGUUACGUGUACUUAAAUAGAUAUAUAUAUCCAAAAUGAUUAUUGGAUUAGAGUGUUUAGAUAUGAUGGUAGUAGUAGUUCCAAACGCUAAAUGACUUCUUCCAGUAUUCCCUUUGGGAUUGAUUUAGGUAACUCCAAGACUGUGGUAUCGUGCUUCAAAAAUGCUGUGGUAGAUAUUGUUAUCAAUGAAGAAUCAAGUAGAUCUACUAAAACAUUGGUAGCCUUUGAUAAGGAAUCGAGAUAUUUCGGUCAGAAUGCAAGCACUCAAGCAUUAUUCAAUCUCAAUAAUACAGUGGGAAAUCUAAAGAGAAUUUUAGGAGUAACUACCAAUGAUCCUCAGCUUGGAAUAGAACGAGAAUAUUUAAUGGUACAACUUAGUGGUGAUGAUUACGCUGAUGUUAACGUUCAGGUUCAAUAUGAGGGUAUUGUUCAUGAUUUUAUUGGCUUUCAAUUGGUGGGAAUGUUUUUUAACAAACUUAAAUCUAUCGCUUUAUUGGAAUCAGAUCAAUACCCGAUGACUGAAGUCUGUGUAUCAGUUCCAAUGUGGUAUAAUCAGAGACAAAGAGUUGCUAUUAUCAAUGCUUGUUCUAUUGCACAAUUGAAGCCAAUAACUAUCAUAAAUGAGUUGACAGCUGCUGCGGUAUGUUAUGCCGACAGUAAAUAUGAAGAAUUAUUAACUAAAUCAAAAACUGUCGCUAUUAUCGAUAUUGGCCAUUCUUCUUAUCAAGUAGUUAUUGCCGAAAUAAGAAAAGAUGGAGUAAAGAUAUUAGGUUCGGGUUAUGAUAAGAAUUUUGGAGGUAGAGUGUUUGAUUAUCAACUUGCACUUUAUAUUGCAAAGAGAAGAGGGGUUAUAUUUGAUGAAAAUAAUCAAAAGGUUUUAUAUCGAACAUUAUUAGCGGCUGAAAAAUUAAAGAAAGUGUUAUCAGCAAAUAAUACUGCAGCUACUACCAUUGACUCUCUUGUUGAAGCGAAGGAUGUAUAUCAAACCAUAAAGAGGGAUGAAUUUGAGAAUAUACUUGAGACAUUAUUGAAAGGAGGAAAACUUGAAAAUCCUAUUGAAGAAGCACUUAAAAUGGCUAAUGUUGAUAUAUCUCAAAUCGAUAAUAUUGAAGUCAUUGGUGGAAGUGGUAGAAUCCCUUUCAUACGAAGUAAAUUAACAGAAUUCUUUGGAAAACCAUUGUCAGCAACAUUAAAUCAAGAUGAAUCUAUAGCUACGGGAAAUGCAUUUAUUGGUUCUACGUAUUCACAAAAGUCAUCAGCCUUCAAGGUAGAGGAUAUUACUCUGAUGGAUGUCGAAUAUCAAUGGAAAGCAGAAACUGGAAAAGGAACAGCUAGGUAUGUAAUUCCCAGGGGACAUCCAUAUCCAAGUGAUAAACCAAUUUCAACGAAAAGAACUGAUGAAAAAGCACUGAUUAAGCUUGAUUAUGAUAUCAAUAACAAGCGGUUGACUUGGCUUGUAGUCGAUAAUAACCCUCCUGUGGAAAAUCAACAGCGAAUUAAUAUCGUUUUGGUCACAAGGAUUGACAGCUGGGGUAUUCAUAAUCUUAUAGAUUCCUACAAGAUUAGUCAAUUAAUUGGCCCACAGUUAUCAGGAAAUAUUCAAGAUGAUGAUAAAGAAGAAGAUAAACAAAGUGAAGACAAGCCAAUGAAAGAUAUAUCACAGUCAACCAAUAUUAAACAACAAUUAAAGAUUGAAACUCACAGAAAGGUGUAUGGAGACGAUAUAGAUCAAUAUUUAAGUAAAGAACAGGAAAUGGUAAGAAAUGAUGAAGUGAUUGUGGAUACAUUGAAUCUGAGAAAUAAUUUGGAAACUUAUAUUAAUGAAUUUAGUGAUAAAUUAGAUUCCCAGUAUGAAGAAUUUAUAACAGACAACAACGAAAAGGACAAAUUGGUUUCUUUGUUGGAAGAAAAGCGAGAUUGGUUAUACAAUGAACCUUAUGGUAACACGAAAAAAGUUUAUGAUGAAGUACUAGCUAGUAUAAAAGUUCAAACAAAUCCCAUUGAAGAAGCUUAUAAGAAAGAAGAAGAUCGAAAACGUAAUGAAUAUCUUAACAGAAAAUACUUGAAGACACCUCCUAUCGUUGAUCUGGUUAAGCAACAGACAUCGCCGCAAUCUAAAAAUGGUACUGAUGAAUUAUUGGAGUAUCAACCAAUUGCACUGGACACUGAAACCAAAACUCAACAAUUCUCAUUCGAGUCGAGAAGUAGUACAGGAGUAUUGAGUAAUCAAAACUUGACUCUGGAGUCUAGAAGGAGUACAUUUGCUUCUAAAUAUGAACAAUUUUCACUCUCUAGACAUGGUACUAGUGGAUUGUCCAGUUAUAAGCUGCUUUCUAGAAGCGCUACAGGUGUAAUCAACGACCAAUCGGUAUUUCUGGAUUCAAGAAGUAAUACAUUUGAGUCCAAUCUUGCCCAAUGUGUAACAACAACGAAGAAAAAUACUGCUGAUCUGGAAACCAUUUCCAGAGGAAAUACUGGCGAAUCAAUAAACCAAUCACUGGUUCCAAAAAGAAGUACUAUUAACUCAGAAAUUUUAUCCAGUACUGAAGAUACCACCAAAAGUUCAGACGAUUCUAAUUCAUAUGAAGUGGCUGAUUUCGACUACUUGUAAAUUUUAAACUCAAAUUUAUAUGUUUAGGGAUAAUAUUUGAUUAGUUUAAUUUUGAUUUAUAUUUGUUAUCAAUUAUUUUUCCUCUCUUGAAUGUUUAUUGUAAGUAUAUAUUAUUAAUCCCCUUACAUAUAGCAGUUCUAACUAAUUAAGCAAAUGUAAAUACGAUCGGAUAAGAGCGAAGAACGGACAACAGGGAUGUCAGUGGUGAUUCAUAGCAAACUUCCAGAAACUUCUGACUUACACUACUAGGAAUCUUUUUUUUGCAUCUGAUUGAAUCACAUGAUUUUCGGUCUUACCAAAUUAGGAAUCCUAAAAAUCCCCAAAUUGAUUUCU